AAUAAUAAAUGCUUAACCUACCAUAUUUCCAGACUUCUCAUUCUAUUCAGCUGAUGCUGUGAAAUCAGCCAACAACCAUAUUAGUUUUCCUCAAGACUGGAGUAUUUUUUUGUGGAUGGUUUUUUAAUUCACUGUUACCGAGUCUAUGGGAAGUCUGACACUUAAAAAGGCAGUCAGGAAUUGUGUUAAUUGACAUGACACUGAGAAUAACCCUGUGGUCAGAAUCAGCUGUAAGACAAACUGCCAGCAUAAAUUCCCUGUAAAUAUCUUUAUCUCUAAUAUCUCUAUCUUAACAUAGACCUUCUUCUGCAAGGUUUGGGACCAAAAACCCACCAGAAUAAAUCAAGAUCUGAUUACAUCAUCCAAUUAUGAUGAAGUGGAAGGCAGCAAAGAUGGCUGCUGAUGCCACCUUGCCAUCGAAACCAGAAUGGGCACCCAUAGCAAGCAGCCAUUUCCACCUAAGAACGAAUAACCAAAUAAUGACUGGGUUUUCCUCCUGUCCUUGAAAUCAACAAUACCUGAUUAAUACAAACUCGCCUAAUGAAGACACCACUAGAAAAACUGUGUUCAGUAAUGGACAAUCGAUGGGUGCUGUUGAGAGGCAAGAGCGGAUUCAGAAGGAUAUUGACGUUGUGAUCCAAAAGUGCAAGGCGGAGAAGGACUGCCUGUUUGCAGAUUUCAGGUACUCAGACUCCACCUUUACCUUCACCUACACUGGAGGCUCCAAAAGUGUAUCCUAUUCAGUGCAUGUCUCUGAGGACUACCCAGAUAACACAUAUGUUUCCAGUUCUGAUAACGAUGAAGAUGUGUUAGUUACAACAGAGCCAAUUCCAGUAAUUUUCCACCAAAUUGCUACAGAAUUAAGAAAAACCAGCGAUGUCAACUAUUGCUUAUCCAUAAAAUCAAAAUUACAGAGGGAGAAUGGAGAGGAGUCACAGCACAGCAGCACACUUGAAGAAGAUUCUGAAGGGGAUAAUGAUUCUGAGGAAUUUUAUUAUGGAGGACAGGUUAGCUAUGAUGGAGAACUUCACAAGCACCCACAGUUGGAAGCUGAUUUAACAGCAGUGAGAGAGAUCUAUGGACCUAAUGCAGUAUCUCUCAGGGAAUAUGGAGCCAUUGAUGAUGUAGAUAUUGAUCUGCAUAUUGAUGUUAGCUUUCUUGAUGAAGAGAUUGCUGUGGCUUGGGAUGUAAUUCGCACAGAGCCCAUAGUAGUGCGAUUGCACUGUUCGCUUACACAGUACUUAAAUGGCCCAGUGCCAACUGUGGAUGUAUUUCAGAUCUCUACUAAGGAAAGAUUUGGGCUGGGACAUCAGCUGAAAAAAAUCAUGCAAACAUUUGUAACACAACAGUGGAAAAACAGCAAAGAGAAAUCUAAUUGUACGCACAAUAAGAAGGUGUCUGACAAAAAGGUGAAAUCUCCUCUGCACAUCUUUUCUACGUUGCGCAGGUCGCCAAGUUAUCCUCCACCUGGCUGUGGUAAAAAUAAAUCAAAACUGAAGUCAGAACAGGAUGGCAUCUCCAAAACUCACAAGCUGCUGAGGAGGACUUGCUCUAGCACAGUUAAGGCGGAGGAUGUGUGUGCCACAAAAUCUCACAGAACCUUUGGCCGCUCGUUGUCUAGUGACCCUAGGGCUGAACAGACAAUGGCUAUUAAAUCGCACAAACUGUUGAACCGUUCUUGCUCUGCAGCUGUCAAGCAGGAAGAGUGCAUCACUUUAAAGCCCCAUAAGUUAUUAAGUAGGUCAUGUUCUGGGGAUCCUCGAUGUGAGCACAACAGCACCUUGAAGCCCCAUAAACUUUUAAGUAGGUCUUACUCUAGUAAUCUUAGAAUGGAGGAAUUGGAUGGAUUGAAGAAUCAGAAGUUACUCAGCAAGACCUACUCCAAUGCCCCUAAAUCAUCCAAAAUGGAGCCUUUCAAGGAGUCCAACAUAGCAGAGGGCAGGAGGCUCUCUCUUACCUCAGGGCUUAUUGGUAUCUUAACACCAUCCUCAUCAUCACCUUCACAAGCUGCUCAAAAUUAUGGUGCAAAAUGCAUUCCGGUACGAGACCAUGGCUUUCUUGUGCAGACUAUUGAAUUUGCUGAGCAGCGGAUACCAGUAUUGAAUGAAUACUGUGUUGUUUGUGAUGAACCCCAUGUGUUCCAGAAUGGCCCUAUGCUGAGGCCCACUGUUUGUGAACGGGAGCUCUGUGUAUUUGCUUUCCAAACAUUAGGAGUGAUGAACGAAGCUGCUGAUGAAAUUGCAACUGGGGCUCAGGUGGUUGAUCUGCUAGUAUCCAUGUGUCGGUCUGCAUUAGAGUCACCUAGGAAAGUUGUCAUUUUUGAGCCAUAUCCUUCUGUAGUUGAUCCUAAUGAUCCUCAGAUGCUGGCCUUUAACCCCAGGAAGAAGAAUUAUGACCGAGUCAUGAAAGCAUUGGAUAGUAUCACUUCUAUUAGAGAGAUGACACAGGCACCUUACUUGGAAAUAAAGAAGCAGAUGGAUAAACAAGACCCGCUUGCACAUCCUCUUCUACAAUGGGUUAUUUCUAGUAACAGAUCACACAUUGUAAAGCUUCCAGUGAAUAGGCAACUAAAGUUUAUGCACACUCCCCACCAGUUCCUACUUCUCAGCAGUCCACCAGCCAAAGAAUCCAAUUUCCGAGCUGCUAAAAACCUUUACGGAAGUACCUUUGCAUUUCAUGGUUCACACAUUGAAAAUUGGCAUUCCAUCCUGAGGAACGGCUUGGUUGUUGCUUCCAAUACGAGGCUGCAGCUCCAUGGUGCAAUGUUUGGAAGCGGAAUCUACCUUAGUCCAUUAUCAAGCAUAUCAUUUGGUUACUCAGGGAUGAACAAGAAGCAGCAGAAGGUGUCAGCUAAAGAUGAACCAGCUUCAAGCAGUAAGGGCAGUAACACAUCACAGUCACAGAAGAAAGGACAACAGUCACAAUUUUUGCAAAGCCGUAACUUAAAAUGCAUAGCCUUAUGUGAAGUGAUAACCUCAUCUGAUCUGCACAAACAUGGGGAGAUAUGGGUAGUUCCCAAUACAGAUCAUGUGUGUACAAGAUUUUUCUUUGUUUACGAAGAUGGUCAAGUGGGUGAUACAAGUAUAAACACACAGGAACCAAGCAUUCAUAAAGAGAUUCUUCGAGUCAUUGGCAAUCAAACUGCUACUGGUUAAAAGGACCACUGUUAUUUAAUUGAUGAUUUGGAAGCCUUCCUCAGUCUCAAAGCUGGAUUUUGAACUGAAGAAGAUGCAAAAAACUAAUUUAUUAUUAUUAUUCUAAGCAAAUUAACCCUUUGAAUACUUACUGUUUUCUUACUUAGUAUUUCUUAUCUCAUCAAAAUAUCUGAGAUGCUAUGAAUUAGCAACUGUAGGGUGCAAAGUACAUACUACAACUAAUAGUAAUUAAACAGGCAUUUGGGUUGCUCACAAUAAACAGACUUUAAAAAAGGAGUUUUGUGCGGAUAUUUUUAUAUUAAACUCUUCAAUUGGAGGUUUUAGUACUGUAUACUGGUAUUUUAAAUUUAGAAUGAGAGAAUUAUAAGCAAGAGAGAAGAUUUUAUAGCGGAGAACCUGCAUUAUACAGGAUACUUUGCAAUAAGUAAAAUAUUCUCAUAUUUAAACACAAUAAAAGGUUGCCUGGAACAUGUCAAAUUAAAGAGAUUGGUUACCUGCAGCUAUCUUUGAUUCAUUUUAUUUUACAAAGGUAUAGCCAGGAUUUAGAGUCAAAAGGUUAAAACAACAAUAUAUUUUUGACGUAAUGAAUGAAACAAAGUAAAGCAAUGACUCUGACAAUGUAUGUUUAGUUUUUUUAUCCUCUCUGGAAACGCUGUCUUAUCCAUUAAGCAGCUCAAUUAUAUUUUUUAAUUAAACAAGAUUAGCAAACACCUGGAAAUCGAGAAGCUGUUAACUUUCUUUCUUUCUACAAGUUUGGUUUUUAUACGCAGGAUUUUACGGUUUCUUCAGAUCAACAAAGUUCUUUAAUGUUUUCAUCCUAACAUUAGCAAGAUUGUUCUGUGGCUAAAUUUAUCCAAAUAAGUAAAAGUACCUGCUAAAUUAGAGCUUUAAUAUGAUUGGGUUGAUUGUUGGUACAUCAGAAACUAUAAAAAAACGCAAAAUUUUACUGGCUUUCUCUAUGUGAAAUAGUUUUAUUAAUUUAUUUCUAAGGAAAAACAAAUCAGUUAAAGUCUCUGUCCUUUAAACUAAUUGUUUUUUUUUCCAAGUAAGCAUGAUGGCAACGUAGAUGGGGCCCAGUCUCCAUGGCAUAAAGAAUAUCCUGUGCCCUCAGCAGCUCUCGCAUUAGUUAUCCUUCACCUGGCGGUACAGGCCAUCAGAGAAAGUAAAAAGAGACUGAGUCACCUAUUACAUGGUUUUUGUUUUUAAUAAAGAUACUGAAGAGCCAAGUAGAAGCAUAGCAGAGAGACCAGCUAGUGGUUUUUUUUUUUUUUAAACAGAACUCCAUUAGGGAGAUAAUGUUCACAUUUACUGGUAAUGGGUGAUUCCCUGUUUUUAGUCCCAAGUUAUACUCCCAUAUUCCUUGCUGCAAUUGAAAUGCCCUGCAAGUAAAAUAAUAUUAUUGGGACAUACUUAAAGUCUUUUUUUAGCAUUCCAGACUUAUUUGCUGGUGACCUCCAUUUUUCUGGGUUCACACCUGACCUGCCAACCCAAUUCUAUUUUCAAAACUCAUUUUGCUAUUGAAUUUUUGUUGACUUUCACUCUCAUUUGGUGGACACCUCAUGUGAGAACCACUACUCUAAUUGUUAUCUUUUGUGACACAGGUUAACUUCUUGAAACAAAGAGGAUUCCUGAAAUUUAUCUAUCUACAUAAAGACUGCAUUAGGUUAUGUAGCUGCACAAAAUCAGCAUAAUUCAGAAGUAGAGCUGAAAAUCUGGAAUACCCAUCCCCCCAUAUUUUGUCCUGCAAUAUGUGUCUGAAUCUCUCUUUUUGCAGAACACGGAAAGAGACUAGAAAGCAAGUCCACAAAUUGCCCUGCAAGUCCUGCAUUGACUUGCUGGCUGACCGUUCACCUUUCUGAGAGACCUCAAAAAAAUAAAAAAGAACAGAAGAUGACCAUGAAUGAACUGGAGAAGUCAAGUAAGUAGUCCCCUUCCCAGUCCCCUCAAGUUACAGCAGGGUCAUAAAUGAAGCCUUUCGAAGAAACCUUGAGUGUAGCUAUUGGAGUGAGUUAGCCUUGCUUUGCACAGUGGUGUCAUGAUGCUGACCAUGUGUGGUGCCCUAAGUACAACCACUGGAAAGGGAGAGAAAAUACGUCUGCCAAAUUUUAAGACUGCUCAGAAGAUUGUCUUAAAUGUAUGAGAGGAAGGAAGGGAAAGUGGAAAAAAGCAGGCCCUAGAGAUGUAGGAGGAGACCUUGCUGUUAUAGAGGGCCUGUUUCAGGGAUUAUCAAGGGGCCUGGCUGAAGUAUAGGGGUGAAGGGGGAUGACCAAGAGUAAAAGACAAUAUGAUGAGCACAGGCAAUGGGAUCUGAAGGGGCAGGUAGUUUGUUGGUAGGAAAGCUUAAAAAACAACAACAACAAAAAGUGUUAGCAGCUGAGGUCCCACCCUUUGUGUGGUGAGAAAACAUGGGUGUAACAAAGCUGCAGCAUGGGGAGAAGUACAGCAUUGUGCCCUGGGGAAGCUGAGCCACCUUGAGAGGUGGCAAGGAUGUCUGGGACACUGCAAGGACACAAGCCCAGUGUCGCACACAAAGCAAUGGAAUUAAACAACGAUUCAUUUGCUACACAGUAACUCAGUCAAUUUUUUCCUGAGCCAAAACACUAAUGAGAAACUUCUUGGUGUUAUGUUGCCUGCUGGUGAAAACGAAUCUUCAGAUUGUACCUUUAGCAAAAUGUUAAUUCUCAUUUUUUAAAGGUGAAGGAAAAAAGAGAGGUUCUCUGUGGAUUUGUUAGUCAAAAACAAAAUAGCCCUUCUGUAGCAGACUUCAAAACUGAAGCAAAUACUUGCUCACCGAGAACUAGAAUGAGUGAGCCUGAGGAGGAGAUUUUAUUUGAAUGAUUUUUGUGUAGCUUUUAUCCAAGGCUGGAGUUGCAUAUUGUCAAAUUCUUACAAAUAAUAAUUUGCAUGGAUUCCAGAGGAUGAGAAACAAAAAGCCAGGAUCAUCUGAGAAAAGGCCCUGUGUUAUCCAUAAAGCCCUUGCAUUUGCCUUCCUCUGCUGUCAUGCGCAUGUACUGAUGAUAGAGUAACCUUUAUAACUCCUACUGUAAAAAUAUAAACCUUUCAAAACUAGCUUUUAACCCCUGAGAAAAAAGAGACCUGGGCUCUUACUAUUUGCUUGGUAGAAAUCUCCAUGAAGCCAUAUCUAUCUAGCUGUGACCAUGUCCAGCAUGGCACAACCAAGGGAAUUCUUGGGAAGGAGCUUUGUAACUUCCUUCUACAUCAGACACCAAAUUACAAGCCCACAAAUAUGGAAAGUUAAAUGGAAAAAAUCUGUUAAUCCCUUAAUGUACCACCCUAAUUAUAAAUUGCCAUAUUCGUACUUCUAUAAGUAUUUUAAAUAUUGAGAAAGGAAUAAAAAAAGAUACUUUUAAACCUUUCUUGAAAUUCAGACUGAUAUUUAGCAUUCAAGGGGUUAAGCAAUUUGGGUUAUUUUCUUACUGUAUCUAUAAUCAGCAUAGCUCUAUUUUCUUCAGCAGUGCUACACUGUUCUGAUCACCUGAGUCUUUGGCUCUGCGUUACUUAUCAUCAAAUAGUCAGUUUGUGUAAUAUUCUGCUUAACGUUUUACAGGAACUAGUUGAUGACACCAGAAUUGUUCAUGCUUGUGUGUUCUCUAAAGCCCUUAAAAAACUCUUACUGAUGCUGUAUAAUUUUAAUAUUAUAACUGUUGGUACUAAAAAUGCAUCUGAUGAAAUAAUGCUAAGAUUAUGCUUUUGUUAAUACAAAUAUAAGACCACUUCCAAAAGAAGACUUUGUGCUUAGAUCAAUUGUACUGUGCUUAUAAACCACUUCUUACUGUGGAAAUAAUUAGCAGACAACUGAAUGAAGAGAAUCAUAAUUUUAGAAGAAACACUAAAAAACUAAACAAAUACAGAAAGAGUGUCUAGUUACUUUAGCAUUAUAUUAGUUUAAAUGGAUUUCUUCUUGGCUGUAAAAAAUGUAAGAUAAAUAAAUAGAAUACUUCUUGUGACUGACAAGAGAAGAAACUCUACCAGAGCAAAAGCACUCUUUAAUCUUAGCAUUUUCAAAACAUACAGGUUUGGGGGCUGAUCCCACAUUGUGCUGAUACCCACUGCAGGUGCUGGGAGCUAGGCCCUUGAACAAAUAGAGGCGUUUUUUGUACUCGUCGUUCCUCACUCUCAUGGUGUUUUACAAGCGCCUCUGAUGCAAAGACCUAUGGCAGCUGGCAUCGGCGUGCCCGGUCCAUGGCUGGUGGGCCAUGGCAGGUCUUCUUUGGCUGCCCAAGGCUGGGGUAGCAGCAGAGGCAUCACUGGUGAAGGUGGUGGGGAGAAGAGGUGGGAGAGACCCCGGCAGGUAGGCCCAAGCCUCCCCGUGCUUUGCAGGGCCUAUGCUUGGCUAGUAGGGCACUGCGGGGCCUAUGGCAUGGCAUGCAUAAAACCGAGGGGGCGGUCAGGUGUCCUGCUGGAUUUCCUUGUUACAAACGCUACCUCAAGGGGAAAGACAGGCCUGUGGACUAAAGUGAACAAGGCUGUUUGUUUGCAGAGCAUGCAGGGUGAAAGCAGUUUGAAAAGUAUCUAGAAUUCAGGCAGUCAGGGCUGUAAUGAUAACCAAAUUUAUUCCUUAUAGCACUGAGGAGAGGGAUUGUGCUUCAGAGUGGGAUAGAUAAGUAAAAAAGCAAAGAUUUAAAGCAAAGCAGUGCUCUGCACGUGUAGCAUCAUGUACAAUGCACAAGGCUAUCACAAGGAGGUUGGGUCUCCUGAUUUGGUUUUGGACCUUUUGGGUAUGAAGACCCCAGGCUCCUCUGCCUCACCAUGGCAUCAGCUAUGGCCAUCUCCAGGCCUGCAGCUGCUUCAAGCAGGCAGAAUAAAAUACUGAGCUGCUGUUUGGUGUGAUGAACGCAAUCCUUGGCUGGGUGUUCCUGCUAAACUUUCGUCUGCUGGGGAAUGGCGAUGAUGUAAAUUAUGACCCAUUACACUUUGCAUUGGGAUUUUGUACACAGUAUGAUAUACUAGGUAGAACAUUUUGUCAGGAAAAACAAAACAAAGAAUUCAAACAAAAACAAAGUAGUAGUUAGAUGAACAUAUGUAAUGUGUGAAAAAGCUGUUGAAGAAUAGAUUACAUUAAACAUUUACCAGCAAGUCAGUAGAAAUAGUCCUUAUACACAUUCAAAAUCAUUUAAUGUUCCAAAAAUAAUUUUUAAAUUUACCCAGUAUGUGUUGUAUCUUUGAAUUUUAAGAAGCAGCCACUCUUUUAUGUAAACAUAAAAUAUGCCUAUGUUUCUUUUAAUUCUGCAGCCUUUUUUUCUCCAAAUAAAUUUGUUAAAUUCUGUGCACAAAACAUUACCGCAGCCUGCUAUUUAGCCUAUGGUGCCUUAGAGUUACUACAAAUAUUUAACAAAAUGUACAUAAUGUAAAUACUGCCAAAAGAUCACUAAGGCCAAAUAUUUUCUCUAUUCACUUUUUACUGCACUUGCUUUCUAUUGCUCUUUAAGCCUCUUUUAUCCAGCUUUGUAACAGUUACAACAUUGUAGCCAAUGUAAAUGUUUACUUUCAAUAAAUCAGAAUUUGUUCAACAA